AUGGCACGCGCUGUUGAUCCUACGUUUCCUCUGCUAUCCGUAGCCGAUUUCUUGUCGGCCGUCAUGCUACUCCUGGUCCUGCUUACCAGCUUCGUGCGAAGGAGCUGGAACUUGGGAGUCACCUUCCUCUGCGUCUGGCUCUUCGUGAAUGGCCUGACAGCCGGAUCCAACCUCAUCAUCUGGUCCGACAAUGCUACCAUCAGACUCCACGCAUACUGCAAUAUCGUGUCUCGCUUGCAGCUCGUCGUAUUCGUCGUCAAGCCCAUGGCAACUCUUAUCAUCAUACGCCGACUCUACAUCAUCGUCAGCGUUCAAUCAGUGGAACUGCCCAGCGUGAAAGCGGCAAGUCUCAUCUUGCUCAUGCGCGAUUCUCCCAUCUCAUCCUACUGCCCGCUGCGCCAGAGACGUUGGAACCUGCUCGUAGAAUGGAUGCUGGGUCUCUUCGUUCCCUUGAUCGUCGCGGGUCCUAUAUACUACGUCAAUCAAGUAGCAGAAUUUCAAGUGAUAGAGGGCUUCGGUUGCGGCAAUGCCACCGGCGGCUCUAUCCUGCUCAUACUUACAUUGCAGUCGUGGGUCAUCAUACCGCCGCUCAUAUCCGUCACCUUCUACUAUCCCAAAGUCGCGCGAAUGUUCUACUUGCACAACAGGGACAUCAACAAGUUCCUGCGCAGCAACACCUCGGUCUCCCGCUCCAACUACCUCCGCAUGCUCGCGCUCGCGAGCGUCGACAUCCUGCUCACUUUGCCGUUCGGCAUCGUAAACACGGUGUUGGGCACUGUGGAGGGGAUCGCCACGCAAGGCAGCUUCCCGUUCUACCCGGGGUGGGCCGAGAUACACGCCGACAAGGCGCCCGUGGCCAUAUCGUAUGAAGAGCUGCGUGCGUUUGGUAUGUUCACGUUCGCAGGGCAGUACUUCGAGUACUGGACCUCUCCCGUCCUAGCGUUCACGAUCUUCGGUCUCUUCGGUCUUACGAGCGAGGCUAGGACGUCCUACAAGCGCAUCGCGUACGCUAUGCUUGGCUGGGUUGGGUGGAAGCCUUCUCUGAGAGCUUCAAACGCGUCUGCACUGGAUACGAUGGAGUUUGGAGCGGGUCCGUUGAAUACAACGGUCCGCGAUCAUGAGAAGGGUUUUCACGAGAGCUUUGAAGACGCCAACGUGGAUUUGCCUGACCUCAAAGCAAUGGCGCCGGAUGCUGAUGGUACGAGCGGUGAACUACCGGGGAGAGCAACCGGAGGACGGGAAGAAGGCGUUGUCGGAGGGUCAACUGAGUCAAGCGGAUCACGAAGCGCAACUGGUCACGUACCCCUUUGA